AUGAUUGGUAGAUUAAACAUAGGUGAUGGUUUAUACAAAUGUAUCUACAUGUCGGAUGUCAGAUUUGAAGUGGAGGGGGAAAUAAUAAAUGCUCACAAAUUUAUUCUCUCAUUUAAAAGCAAAAUUUUUAACGACAUGUUUCAUGGCGUAGUUGAGUUGAAAGACAUAAAGAUCGAAGAUAUAAGUAAGGAAGUUUUUGAAAUAAUCUUGAAAUAUAUUUAUACAAAUGAUAUCAAUUUUUAUUCGCUUGAUGUCAAUCAACUAAUGGAAAUCUUAUAUGGAGCUAAAAAAUAUAUGCUUUUAGAUGUAAUCAAUAAAUGUAUAGGUCAUAUUCAGAGUCAUACAAUAAGAUACAAUAGUGAAAAGGAGAUAUUACCACUAUAUUUGAUAUCAUCUAUCCAUCCAGAAAUCAAUGCCGAUCUUUGUCUAGAUAUUCUUAAGAAGAAGGAAGCGUUCGUGUUUAUUUCGAAAUCUUUCCUUGACUCGUCUGUUGAUUUAAUAAGAAAGUUCAUCACGUCCCUACCUAACAGUAAAUCGUCCACGAAACAAAUGACCCAAUUUCUUAUUAAAUGGGCAAAAAUUGAAUGCGACAAGUGCCAAAUUCCCGAUAACUCUAAUAAUAUAAUGCAAAAAUUAAAAGAUAACAAAUUAGAUUUUAUUUCCUACAUUCUGGAUUUCUGUAGCGAAGACAUUAUUUCAGUAGUUCGCGAGCGAAAAUUAUUAGAAGAUACUGAGAUGCUCGAAAUUAUAAUUAAAAAUAUCAACACAGUGCCCGUUAACUUUUAA